AUGUACGGCGACGUGUUCAAUGCCACCAGCGGCCCGGAGGCAGCGGGAAGCGGCGCGCUGGCCCCCGGAGCCACUGUUAAGGCGGAGGGUGCUUUGCCCCUGGAACUGGCCACCGCGCGUGGCGUUCGGGACAGCUCGGCCACCAAGCCUGACCUGCCCACCUACCUGCUGCUCUUCUUCCUCCUGCUGCUGUCCGUGGCUCUCGUCGUCCUUUUCAUCGGCUGCCAGCUGCGCCACUCGGCCUUUGCUGCGCUGCCCCACGACCGCUCACUGCGCGAUGCCCGUGCGCCCUGGAAGACGCGGCCGGUAUAG